GCGGGAGCCGCUGGAGGCGGGGCGGGACCCCCGAGUGCCGCGGUUGAAAUAGGGGGAGGGCUCAGGCGGUCCCUCCCCCAGGUGGCCGCUGCCCGCCGAGUGUCCCGUCCCGUCCUGCUGCGCCGCGCUGCCUGCGAGUCUUUUUUCAGAGUCUGAAGAGCUUGAGACUCACUUGCCAGCUUCCCACUGCUCUCCCUGUGGCAUCUCACUUUCAGCUUUCAGGGUAACUGAAAUCUGCAAACAUUCUCUGCUGCAAGAAAAAGAGGGUGAUGUCAUCAGAAGAUGAUGCUGGCGGGGAGGCUCCUGGGGGCAGUUUCUGGGAGGCUGGAAACUACAAGCGGACAGUGAAACGUGUGGAUGAUGGCUACCGGCUCUGCAAUGACCUCAUCUCCUGCUUCCAGGAGCGAGCCAAGAUAGAGAAGAACUAUGCCCAGCAGCUAACAGAAUGGUCCCGUAAGUGGAGGACCAAUGUGGAGAGAGGUCCGCAGUAUGGUACUCUGGAAAAGGCCUGGCAUGCCUUCCUGACAGCUGCAGACAAACUGAGUGAAAUUCACUUGGCUGUCCGGAACCACCUGGCUGGUGAAGAUUCCGAUAAGAUCAAGGCCUGGCAGAAGGAGGCCUACCACAAGCAGAUGAUUGGAGGCUUCAAGGAAACAAAGGACGCAGAGGACGGGUUUCGAAAGGCCCAGAAACCCUGGGUGAAGAAAAUGAAAGAUGUGGAGACUUCUAAGAAAAACUAUCAUGCAGCCCGGAAGGAGGAGAAAACAGCCCAUACAAGGGAGAACCAUGCCAAGGCAGACUCGUCUGUCUCACAGGAGCAGAUGCGCAAGUUGCAGGAGCGUGUAGAGAAGUGCACUCAGGAGGCUGAGAAGUGCAAGGAUCAGUAUGAGAAGAUGUUGGAAGAAUUGAAUCGCUACAAUCCCCGCUACAUGGAGGACAUGGAGCAAGUGUUUGAGGGCUGUCAGGAGGCAGAGCGCAAGAGAUUGUGCUUCUUUAAGGAGAUGCUUCUGAAUCUGCACCAGCAUCUCAACCUCUCCACCAGUGAAAGCUUUCAUGCGUUGUAUCGGGAUCUCCACCAAGUCAUCAUGGCUGCAGACAACCAGGAGGACCUGAAGUGGUGGCGCAACACUCAUGGACCGGGCAUGGCGAUGAAUUGGCCUCAGUUUGAGGAAUGGUCCCUUGAAACACAGAGGCAAAUCACCAAGAAAGAGAAGAGUGGCAAGAUGGCUGAUGAUGUCACACUGACCAGCAUUUUGCCUACACGAGAUGGUGUUGUCUCACAGACCCCUCUUCAGACAAGGUUGUCCUAUCAAGAGGAGCAGAACAGCUUCUUCUAUGACACCCUGAAGGCACCAACCCAUGUGAAUGGAGGGAAGGAGGACAUCUCGGAGUGGUCAGAUGAGGACACUCCCAAGAAGUGCCUGGAUGCCAACGGGCAUGAGGAAGACCUGCAGGUACCAGGUGUGCGGGUACGAGCGCUCUAUGAUUACACAGGACAGGAGGCUGACGAGCUGAGCUUUAAAGCAGGUGAAGAACUAAUGAAGAUUAGUGAGGAAGAUGAGCAGGGCUGGUGCAAGGGCCGACUUCUCACUGGUCAAGUUGGACUGUAUCCUGCUAAUUAUGUUGAGAAGGUUGGAUCAUGAUUGCUGCUGUCCCACCAGUGCCUCACAGCCAUACCAGCAUCUCCUGCAGAGGCCACUGGGUCACUCCUGGCCCCAACCCACCUUUGCAGUAUAUCCAGCAGCUUCUGGACUUUAAAGGCACAUAUUCCAUGUAACUAAUGCUUCAUUUUAAACAUCUAGAUCUGUAGGGGUUUUCUAAAAAAUAAACAAGGAUGAAUAAAGACUUUUCUGAGCACUA